AUGAGUAACGAAAGAGUCACCUAUGCAGAACUGAAUGUGGCGAAGGACCCAAGGAACCAGAAAAGGAAACCCAGGAGCGCUCGCAGCUCCAUUUCAGUAACUGAGCAGGAAAUCACCUAUGCAGAAUUCAGCUUCCACAAUGCUCCUCAAGAGCGUCUCCCAAUCUGCAAGGACUGCUUCUGCAAAGGUUUUCCAUCUCCCCCAGAAAAACUCAUCACUGGGAUCCUGGGCGUCAUUGGCUUUGCCUUAAUGGUCGCUGUGGUUAUAAUUACUACAAUUGCCACAUCAUAUCCUGAAGCAAAGGCCCAGAUCAACUCUUCCCUGACUAGAUCCCAGAAAGACAUUAAUUUUCAUUAUUAAAUUCAUCUUUCUUCAGUACACUCUUGUGGUCAUUGUUCAAAGGAGUGGAUAUCCUAUUCACACAAUUGCUAUUACAUUGGUGUGGAGAAAAAAACUUGGAAUGACAGUUUACUGUCCUGCACUUCCAAAAACUCUACUCUGCUUUACAUAGACAGUGAAGAGGAGCAGAACUUUCUUCAAUCACUCUCAUUGGUCUCUUGGACUGGAGUCUUUAGGAAGAGCGAAGAUCAGCUCUGGGUUUGGAAAAAAGACUCAACAUUCAAACCAAAGAUAACAGGAUUUUCCAAUAUGGAACAUAACUGUGUCAUGCUGUCAAAUCCUGGUUUCACAACAGAUGACUGUGCAGCUUUACAUAUAUAUGUUUGUAAGCGUAAUUUCAAAAACUAA